CUCCGGCACAGCGCCGCCAUUGCCGCCAUCUUGGCUCCUCCUCCUUCUCCGCCUUCCUGACCCCGUGGCGUCAUCACGCAGCGCGCGCGCCCCACCAUGCAGCUCUUCAUCCGUGGCCAGACCCUCCUCACCCUCGAGGUCUCUGGCUCCGAGACCCUCGCCCAGAUCAAGGAGAGGGUGGCUGAGCUGUCGGGGAUCCCCCCUGAGGACCAAGUGCUGCUCCAUGCUGGGACCCCCCUGGACGAUGAGGCCGUGCUGGGGCAGAGCCCCCUCCCCGAAUUCACCACCCUGGAGCUCUCCACACGCCUGCUGGGCGGGAAGGUGCACGGCUCCCUCGCCCGCGCCGGCAAAGUGAGGGGCCAGACCCCCAAGGUGGCCAAGCAGGAGAAGAAGAAGAAGAAGACGGGGCGGGCCAAGCGGCGCAUGCAGUACAACCGGCGCUUCGUCAACGUGGUGCCCACCUUCGGCAAGAAGAAGGGUCCCAACGCCAACUCCUGAGCCAAUAAAGGAAUUCGGGUCCAAUUCCCACA